AUGAUCCAGGUUCAACUACAUCUUCCUGGUAGUGACUUGAAACAGAUAAAACUGGAAAACCAAACUCAGCUAUCAUUAUUCUUUCUCCUGGGAUUCUCAGAGGACCCAGCACUGCAGCCACUCAUCUUUGCUCUGUUUCUCUCCAUGUACCUGGUCACUGUCACUGGGAACCUGCUCAUCAUCCUGGCCAUCCUCUUAGACCCACACCUUCACAUGCCCAUGUACUUCUUCCUCGCCAACCUGUCCUUCUCUGACAUCUGCUUCACCUCCACCACCAUCCCCAAAAUGCUGGUGAACAUCCAGACACAGAGCCAAGCCAUCAGCUAUGCAGGAUGCAUCAUACAAAUGUACUUUUUUAUAUUCUUCAUAGGAUUAGAAACUUUACUUCUGACCGUGAUGGCCUAUGACCGGUUUGUUGCCAUCUGUCACCCCCUGCACUACAUGGUCACCAUGAAUCCCUGGCUCUGUGUGCAGCUCGUUCUGUUGUGCUGUCUCAUUGGUGUUCUGAAUGCCCUUAUGCAGAUUUUACUGGUGCUGAGACUAAGUUUCUGCAUGCACCUGGAAAUCCAUCACUUUUUCUGUGAGAUAAAUCAGGUGGUCCACAGAGCCUGUUCUGACACCUUUCUCAAUGACCUCAUAAUGUAUCUUGCAGCUGUGCUGCUGGGAGGUGGUCCCCUGUCUGGGAUCCUGUUCUCCUACUCCAGGAUUGUCUCCUCCAUCUGUACCAUCUCCUCAACACAAGGGAAGUAUAAAGCCUUUUCCACCUGUGCCUCUCACCUCUUCACCAUCUCCCUAUUUUAUGGCACCUGCAUAGGAGUGUACCUCAGUGCCGGCGCUGCCCCACAUUCAGCCUCAACUGCAGCAGCCUCGGUGAUGUACACAGUGGUCACCCCCAUGCUGAACCCCUUCAUUUACAGCCUGAGGAACACAGACAUGAAGAGGGCUCUGAAAAGACUGCUGUUCCAUAAAAUACAGUGA